AUGCUAGAGCUGGGAUCAAACAACUGUUUCUCUGAUUGUCGACAAGGACUUUUCCUGCCCUGCUGGGUUCAUUCGGGCCUGAACGAUUUUGUUGGUGCCUUGCCCCCGGUGUGCGCCGUUGAUAAAUGCUUUGGAAAUCCUGGUCCUUGUGGUGCAGGUAACCAGUGUACAUACAAGCCGACUACCAUCUCGGGGCGCACCGCAAUUGAGUCCGUGUGUAUCUGCAAUGCCCCUUCUAUACUCAGCCACAUCGUCUACGCAGACUUUUGCUACGUGCCAGGAACCGAUCGGUGCAACCCAAACCCGUGCAAGAACGGAGGCACGUGUGAGGCAGUCACAGACUUCAACGGUGUCCAGGGCGCCUUCAGGUGUACCUGCCCCAGUAACCUCCAGGGAACCACUUGCGAACUCCCAAACCCAGCUCCCAUCCCCGCGCCCAGGACUGGACCUCCGCCGCCCACUCCGACUCCCUCUCCCACACCUAUCAUUGUCGUUGAACCGCCUGUGGAACAAGGCCCGAUCUGUGGCAGAGGCGACGCGGCUGACUUUCCGCAGAGGUGCUGGUUCAACAGCGACCCCGAGGGCCGAUACGUGUGCUGUGACGCCCAAGGGUGUGAAGGAUUCAACGCAGACAACCUGACCCCACAGUGCAAAAACUUUGGAUACGUGCCUCCAAACUUUGGCAAAAUCGGAGGGCCGCCCCCGCCUCCAACGACUGACCAGGGGGUUUGCGGCAAGGCGGGCGCCGAACCUUUCCCCACCCGGUGCUGGUUCAACAACGACCCCCUGGGGCGCUACGUCUGCUGCGAUAAUCAGGGUUGCGACGGGUUCAACGCCGAUAACCUAACCCCGCACUGCAAGAACUUUGGCUUGGUGCCCGACAUCUUGAAGUUCGCCCGCACUCCGCCUCCCGGGCCCGGACCCACCGGUGGACCGCAAGGAGUGUGCGGCUUAGGAGCGGCGUCAGCCUUUCCGAACCGCUGCUGGUAUAACAACGACCCCCAGGGCCGAUACGUCUGCUGCGACAAUGACGGCUGUGACGGCUUCAAUCAGCCGGGCAACCUUUUCCCCCGCUGCAAGACCAACGGAUUCGUGCCCCCUAGCCUCUAG